AUGGAGACGGCGCCCGUCUCCCGCAAGCGCGACGCGAUCCGCACGCAGGCGACGGCGACGGUGGCGGCGGCCUGCUCCUCCAUCAAGCGCGCCCGCGUCCUCGGCGGCGUGGACCGGCUGGGCGACCUGCCGGACUGCCUCCUGCACGAAAUCCUCUCCCUCCUCGGGUCCCGCCAGGCCGCGCGGACGAGCGCCCUCUCGCGGCGGUGGAGGCACCUAUGGCGCGCCGUGCCCUGCCUCAACAUCGACCAGCUCGAGUUCCUGCGCUCCGACGUCGUGGCGAACGACGCCUGGAAGGUUAACGAAAGCGAAUGGGAGAGCUUCGAAGACAUGGCCGACACCUUGCUAUCCUCGUCGGCGCCGCUGGACGCGUUCCGCCUGCACCUGGUCGACCAAUGCAGAUCCACUACAGUCUCCAGGUGGGUCCGCCGCGGGCUCCGGCGGCGCCCGGCGGUGGUCGAGAUCCACGAUAACGGCUGGAAAAUCCAGUGGCCAACGACAUCGCUCCAGCUGGGCUCCGACACCUGCCGAGUGACCAAGCUCCGUCUGUUCGGGGUCUUACUGAUGCCUGGCUUCGGUGACAACCUCGGCGACCAAUUACCGGUACUUGAGGACCUGCACAUCCACAACUGCAGGUGCGCCAUUAAAACCAUCGCCUCACCCACGCUCAAGAGCCUCGCUUUAAUGGUCACCGACUCUUAUUACAUCUACAAUUUCUUUCUUCCCGUCCUUGCGGUUCCUCGGCUCGCGUCUUUGCGCCUCGAGCUUAUCUACGGCAUGCACCAUGCGUAUCCUGUUACUACUGGUCCGGAGAACGAGGUGCUGGCGUCGCUGGUAAUGGCGUCCAUCUGUAUAAAAGACAUGGACGGCCAGGGACAGCUGUACGAGGAACUGGAGAACAAUGUGAUGGACAAACGGAAGCUUGGUUCCUUCAGAUCCGUCUACAGCUUCAUGGCCUGCCUCACCAAUGCCAUUGGCUCAGUUCUUUUGGCGGCUUCUCCGAGAAGCUGUCCUCCCCCCAGCUUCCUGGAGAAGCCGCACCAAAAAUUUAGGGAGGCUUCCGGACUAAUCUAG